GGGGUCGCUUUACCUGAGCCUCGGCGCGGUCCAUGCGGCGGCUGCUGCAGCAAUGGCUAACUCUUCUGCUCCUCAAGGAGCCCCCAACCCCGGAGGUUUGUUCCCCGGAAUGCCUCCUCAGCCACCGACUCCCGAAGACCUGUUCCGGCUGCGCCAUCAGUUGUUGACGUCUGGAGGCAAUGACCCUCAUCAUCACCACCUCCUUUUGCGAGGAGGAGACGUCUACAGCUGUGUCAAGUGUGACAAGAUGUUCCCCACACCUCACGGACUGGAGGUUCACUCGCGGAGAUCUCACAACGGGAAACGUCCAUUCGCUUGUGAACUGUGCAACAAGACAUUUGGGGCCGAGGUGUCACUGAGUCAGCACAGGUGGUUAUGCUGCCGGAGAUCGGUACACAGUGUGGAGAAGGUGUUUGAGUGCAAACAAUGUGGCAAGACAUUCAAGAGGUCGUCUACAUUGUCUACACAUCUGCUGAUACACUCGGAUACGCGGCCCUACCCUUGUCAGUUCUGCGGGAAGAGGUUCCACCAGAAGUCCGACAUGAAGAAACACACCUACAUACACACAGGCGAGAAGCCCCACAAGUGUCAGGUUUGUGGCAAAGCGUUCAGCCAAUCGUCCAACCUCAUCACCCACAGUCGCAAACACACCGGGUUCAAACCAUUCGCUUGCGACUUGUGCGGCAGAGCCUUCCAGCGCAAAGUAGACCUUCGGCGACACAAGGAGACUCAACAUACAGAGAUGAGGCCUUCGCUGGAACCUCCGCGGGCACCACUCAACCCCCAGGACUCUCAAUGCCGUUACCUAUCGGAAUGUCCUCCAACAUAGAACGAGGCACCACAGGGACCGUCCUGCCUGCGUCUGCAGGGACCACAGGGACCGUCCAGUCUGCGUCCCUCCGACCAUAGGUUCCUGUGAGUUCCCUAG